CAGCGCGGCGGCGGCCCGCUCGAGCGCGUCGCGCCGCGCCGCGCCGUCGCGGAAGUACGCGCCCGACGCAUGGCACCGCGCCGCCGCGGCGACCGCGCGCCGCGCGUCGUCGGCGGACGCGUCCGAGAGCUCGGCGAGGACCGAGCCGUCGGCCGGGCUGCGCGUAUUUAUCGUAGCGUUGUCGCUUGCCGGCGCGGCGGCGCCGUCGACGUAGAGCGUGGACGUCGUGGCGAAGCGGCGCCUCACCAGGGCUGUGAAGCGCUGCAUGGCUGGUGUUUGCUCUGCCGGCACGGCACGCGGUUUCUCAGCUCUUAUCAGUGCUCACCGAUGUCUGGAGAGUCAGAGAGCUCGCACGAAUGGCUUCAAGCUCGGUCGCGCGAGGAGCACUGCAGACUGCAAAACAGCUCUGGCAGGCAGCUAUUCAUUUGA